AAAGGAAUCCACAAGCUGUCUCGUACUGUAUUCUGUAACGCGCGAUAUAUUCAUGCAAAAUUCCAGUCGCUAUAUCGCGUAGUUCCCGGCAUCGCGCAUGAAUUCAACUGUAGGUGCAAGAUAUUCGUUUGUAAAUCAACCAAAGAUACGUUUUCAACAACGGUGAACGAAUUUUCUCAGAAAUUAUAGCAAAGUGCGUGCAUGUUAGAACUUGGAUCGCUAUUCGACGAAUAAAAAUGAAAUUUUCUUGGAGUUUCCUCGAAAUAAUUACAUUGCUUUGUGCCCAACUGAUACUGCACAUUGGUGGAGAGCGCUUUGAACCUCGGCAGCGUUUGACUACAGACGGACUGAAAAAAAUUGAAAAUUUGAGGGUGACAGGGAUAUCCGAGACGAAUGUUACACUUCAGUGGGAUCCUCCAUCCUCUACGAAUGGAAGCAUACAAUACAAAGUUACAGUCAAGGUGGAUAAGUUCUUGGGUUGCUCGGACCAAAACGAAUCGUCACCUUCCAAAGAGGACAUGCGAAUGGUACCGAAACCGGAAGCAAUCUUCGCACGUUUGCACCCUUAUACGAAUUAUACAACGACAGUGAUUGCGUGCAUUGGUGAGCUUGAAGAAAUAAAAGGAGAACUCAAUUUCACAACCGAUCAAAGGGAUAUUCCCACCGAAACCGUUCAGAAUCUACGUUACGAAGGAGGUGACGAAGUUCUGAAAUGGGAUGCGCCGGAUUGUGCUGAUAUGACAGGUCCUUGGGCAGAAACACGCUUGUCAUUUUCAGAAGAAGCCCAAGAGAUAACAUCAGAGCGUGUUCCAUCGAACAAAUUUCAGAUUGAAUCGACCAUUGUUGCCGACCUGGGCUCAUACAAAACUUACAAAGUUCGUGCCUACAUCGUAAGAUCUACCGAGGCAUCUAGCGAUGGUGCUGCACAAAGCAGGGAGAUAUCUUUCACAACGCCGGCAUCACCUCCAGGAAAGGUGGAUGAGAUGGGAUCGUUCGACGUUAACGUCGAACAACGUACCGUUUCUUUAUGGUGGAACUUACCUUUUCCGCUCAAUGGUGAAGUUGAAUCCUACUACAUCAAAAUCUACCAGCAAAAAGAUCAUGUGACGCUGUUAAACGAAACAUACGAAACUCCGGCACAAGUAUCAAAGUGUAAGCUGUCGGAAAUAUCGGUAUGCUUGGAAAAUGUUGAACUUCGAACAAACUUUUCAGUCCAGCUCGAUGCGCAGAUCCAGGCGACAAACAAGGGCGUGUCGUCGCAUGGACUAGCUGCAACCCACAUAGUUUUGGAGAGCGAUUGGCGCACCGCCGAACUCACCCGCCCGAAGCAUUUGGACCAGAUCAUAGGGGAUGAUGGAAUAGUGACGGUGAUGUGGAAACAUCCGCCACUGCCCAAGUUCAAAAUCACACGAUUCGAAGUCAAAGCUGAGCUCCUGGAAUCGACGCUAUUGAAUACUAAUAGUAAAAGCCAAAACACUACAACUGCGAAUUAUCCCGUGAAACAGGAACAGAAAACAUACAAUACGUCGCUUCGCCUUAGAACCUCGUCGAGAUAUCAAAUUGUAGUGACAGCAACGAAUGAGAAGAAUCCUUCCAGCGGGAUAGUAGAUUCGUAUAAUAUUACAAUCCCUUUCAAACCCGGCUUUGCAUCCGGAGAAAUACCUAGAGCUGAAUGUAAGGGAAGUGACAUAGAAGUCGUGAUUCCGGCAUUGGUUAACGCAACCCAAGACACUACGGUCUACGUUGUUGUUGAACUCCAACUGGACGGUUCCAAGUUGGAAAUUUUCAAAGAUAAUUACGAUGUUAAUGCAAGCAUGCCCAGGUACUUCACGAUCCGUAAUACCCAAGUGGGAAAUUGCUCCAAGCAUCCAGAAUACAUAUACAACGUGAUAGUCAAAGCUACAGACGAACUAUCCGGUCAAAAUAUCACCUUGCCUACGUCUGGUCGUGAAAGCCACGAGUCGAAAAGCUCGAAUAGAAGUGACUUACUUUUGAUAAUUAUGAUUCCUUCAGUAAUAACGGCAAUACUACUGACAAUCGCGUUAUUUUGUUACCGAAGGUACAAACGAUCACCGCGUCGAGCAAACUACAGUGAUAACUCCGAAUACUCGUCAAUGAUUUCGCGGACGGACCACUUGGGAUACUCUCGCAAUGAAACUAGUCCGCCACUUCCACUGACGAAGCCUACCAAGCGAAUAUCGAACCCCGUCUACGCGGUCCCGUUUGGUGAAAAAUUCAGCAAUGUAAGCAUGAUGUGUUUUGAGGAAUACACAAGAAAGGCAGUCUUCAACGGAGCGCUCAAUUCCCAGUACGCCCUGUUCCCAAAAGGCUUGAAGAGACCUUGCGAAUACGGAAGGUUGCCCGAAAAUAUGCCAAAAAAUAGAUACAAAAAUUUAAUACCAUAUGACGAUACUCGAGUUGUCCUCAAAAAAAUUCCCGGCGAUCCAUAUUCCGACUACAUUAACGCCAGUUACAUUCAGGGAUAUCGCAACGUGAAGAAGUACAUAGCGACCCAAGGACCGAAGGCGAACACGGUAAACGAUUUCUGGCGCAUGAUUUGGCAAGAAAGAGUCAGCGUCAUAUGCAUGCUGACAAAUGUGACUGAGGGUGAAAAGGUAAAGUGCGAGCUAUACUGGCCAGAAAUAGGAACCGAGAAGAAAUACGGUGACAUAAAAGUAUCGAACAAGCAUCACAAAGUGUUCGCCGACUACACUUUCAGAUACUUCGUGCUGAGUUGCGAAAAGAAAACUCGGCAGGUGACUCACCUCCACUACACCGGAUGGCCAGAUCACGGAGUGCCGACUUACACCGGAUCAUUGGUAGCCUAUUUAAAAAAACUGAUGAAAACUCAAACGGACAAUGCGCCGGUUGUAGUUCACUGUAGUGCAGGGGAUGGUAGAACCGGAAUGAUAAUACUGUGCGACAUAUGCCUGAAUCAGAUAAUAUGCGACACGAUGAUCGACGUACCCGGUGUGAUAAUCCAGAUGCGAAACAACCGUGCAAACAUGGUUGGAAGCAAACAGCAGUACCUGCUAGCCCAUAUCAUAAUCACGGAAAGCAUAGUCUACCUUCCGACUCAGGUACCGUGCGCUGAUGUACUGACAAACAAAAUGAAACAACUGAGAGAGCGGUUACCCUACGACUUCCGAAGGCUAAACGACACUCAGUGGCAGAUUGACGCCCUCCAAUCGCUAGCUGCACCAGUGUCUCUGGGAAUGCAAAACUCGGCUCGUAAUAAGGAAUCAUUGAUGGGAGCCGGAAAAUCGACAAUGCGCCAAAACGCGGUUCAGUACCAACGAUACUCGACGAUCGAUUGCGAGAGCAACGAGACCGAAACUUUUGGCGUUGACGGAGUGAAGAUGAAGAACCAAUUCCUCGCCUCUCGGAUACCGUCGGUUACUACGAUACCGGAAUACUGGCGGUACAUAGCUGAGAAAGAGAUAGAGCUGAUAAUAAUACUGCAAACGCCAAACCCCAGAGAUCCGACACACGUCGACAUUCUGCCAGGAGAUUCGAUCCUCGUUCCAUUGCCCUACAUACAAGUUAGUAUUAAAUCGAGACUCGAGGAGGAACACUUUACAACUGACAAGCUCUUGCUCACCGACACAUCGGAGGAAAAAGCCAGACUGCAAUCGGUUACUGUGCUCACGUGCACCGGAUGGGAAGGUGACAAAAAUAGUGAACCACCUGAUGUCGCGGCGUUGAUUUCACUUUGGAAAGCCUCGGAGAAGAUCCAACGGAAGGAAGGACCCACCUCGGUACUUUGUCGAGAUGGCGUAACGGGCUGCGGACUUUACUUGGCGCUUAGUUUUUUAUUGGAACGAAUGACCGUCGAGACAGUGUGUGAUGUCAUUUCCGCCGUAAGAGCGGUUCGACGAUCUAGGCCAGAAUUCGUUGAAUCAAUGAGUGUCGGAGAAUUGAUCGUGAGGCUUCACCCUCCGGAAGACGACGGUCUUACAAGAAAUCUGACUUGCGUGUCAGAAAGCGACGACGCUGCUUUGAUUUGGAACAGCCAGCGAGGAAGUUUCACUGACUUUCAGCCUAGGAAAGCUGUGCCAGAAAAUAUCCCCGGAUGUGCACUUUGGGAUUCGAAAGCGUGCGUAGCUCGAUGGAAAGAUCGCAACGGCUGGGACGAAGUCGACUCCAUGAUUCAUCCCAUGGGUCCCAUUUUUGACUAUCGAUGGGAAGGCUUGAAGGAAUUCUACUUCGGGAAUAUUUCAAACGAACUUCAAUAUCGGUACGUUGGGAGAGCGAAUAAAUCUUCUGGCACCGUUAUCCUAUCAGCUCGAGGAUCACAAGAGGUGAAUGUAUUGUUGUGUGCAAGCAAUCGAUCGACGGAAGGUCCAUGCGUUCGAAUCAAGAUCGACAGUUCACGAAUUUCUGUUGCGACCUGCACGAACCGAGCAUCUGGAUGUAGCGAACUCACGCCGAAGGACGCCUGGAGGAAUAUCAUCGAUUACGACGCGGCAAGUCACUCGAACAGUCUCGACCCAUACGAAUGGCGAACAUUCGCGGUAAGAUGGAUCAAGGAAAGGAGCCUGGUCGAGGUUUUUAACAAUAGCCACGUUAUCCUGAAGGGAACUCUCCGGCAUCGUCAACAAAUAUCCAACGUAUGGGUCGAAGGCUUAGAUGCACGGAUUAGAUUUCACUCCUAUAAAUAUCUCCUGACAAGGAAAUCUGGCUCAGUAAUAUUGACAUCAGAAUUUAUUCGACAUAAUGGGACAUUAUGCGUCGAAAUGCACGUCGGUCUUUGUUCCGAAUGUAAGCUAAACGUCAACCUAGUGGAUACCGCAGGCCGAGAGACGUUGUUAAAAUACAUUUCUGGGGAUGAAAAAUCUCUGAACAACGAGCUGAUCACCUGGCGGCCGUUCAAAGUCCAGGUGAACCGACAAAGUGUAGGUCGAAGACUCGUGCGGUUAAAAAUUUCAACUGCUCUGAAGAAUGGCGAUGGAUACGGUCAGUGGGCGAUUGAUGACUUCCGCACGUGCCAGCCGCGCGGCACAAGAGAAUCAACAAUAACGAUACGUCGAGAGAAAUCGGAUUCCUGGCCCAGGAUCAAGUGCCAAAAAUUAUCUUACACUGAUAUUGAAGUGAUCGAUUUAUCGUCGAGUAGGGAAUGCCGCGGAACGAUCGGUGAGUACAACCGAUUCGAAGUUGAGGUCGAUUAUAAGAAAAUGAUUUUCACAGAAUGCUCCGCCGUUCAUCACGGAGACGAUUGCCAUCGGAAAUGCAGAACCUGCAAAUGCAGGUCCCGCGAUAAGAGAAGUGGUAAGGAUAUGGAGGAAAGUAACGCACUAAUGGAAGUUCAGCAACUGAUUCACACAUCUCUAUCCGCCACUAGCGUCACGCUAGAAUGGAAACCCCCCAAAAAUGUAGAUGCCACCAUCGUGAAGUAUGCUGUUUCUCUCAAGGUAAAUGUACUGAUUGGUUGCUCUGAAGCCGGUCGCGAGACUCCUGAACAGCAGCCGAUGAAACGAACCGUGAACCAGCCAAAAGCCUUCUUCGAUGGCUUGCAUCCCCACGCUUCGUACGUUGCAACCGUGUUCGCGUACAUCGGCAGUGCAGAGGGACCACCAAAGAAGUAUCACUUUCAAACGAAUCAAACUCGUGUGACAGAAUUGGAAGCGUACGAUGCCGACUGCGACAGAAGCACCAUCUCCUUGCGAUUUAUUCCGUCAGUCCUUCUUUACGACCGAAUCGAAUCCUACGAAGUGUUCAUCGCCGAAGGAAACGAGCUCCCCAAAAAUAUGACUUUUGUUAAUACGAAAGAACAGAUCUGUGAUUUGUGGGAUGAUCACACAUGCUUAAAAGAUGUAUCCCUACCUUCGAACGCUAAGGUCAACAUAACGAUUCACGCGACGGGCAAGAAGCUUGAUCGAUUUGAUAUCCGGAGUAACAUCACCUUCUCGCUGGAAGAAUCGUGCAAUUCAAAUCUCAGUUGGCGAGUGAAUUUCACAGUGACGCAAAAUCGCGGUAACGUGACCCUGAAAUGGAAGCAGCCGUUAUCGAGUCGCGUCAAAAUCACGCGAUUCGCCGUCCGCAUUAAUCCUCUGGAUCGACGUCAACUUGAUAAAUUUACCCACCAAAUUCCCAUUGUCGAGGAAAUUCCUGUCGAGCCGAAUCGCAAAGAGUACACCACGGAGUUCUACCUGUCAAAAUCAGGGAGCUACAACAUUUCCUUGGUAGCGUUCAAUCAGCGCAACAUAAGCAGUAUGGAAAAUGCAGUACAGUUGUUCAUCUCGAAAAAAAAUUCCUCGGAUUUUCAAGCUGCUGUUCCUGAACGACGUCCUUGGAAACAAUAUUUACUUUACGUCAUUAUUUUUCCAAUCAUAGCGAUUCUUCCGUUACUGCUGUUUGCUUAUUACCGAAUUCAGAAGAAACUCUCAUCCGUGGACAACUGCGGUGAGUACAUCGUACCGCCAAUGAAAGAAACGACAAGUACGAAUGUCUCGAUGACUUUCCAUAGUCUGGAGGAAUCAUCAGAUCCGUCCGACAUUUCAGAGAGAGAUGAUGUGAUGCACGAGUACGCUGUACCGAGUGAGCUGCUUUCAAACUACAUAAGCGUACCGCACUUCCAAGAGUACGCCAAAUACAUGGCUACCAGUGGAGGACUGCAUUCGCAAUUUACGAAGCUUCCUAAGGGGACAACGAAAAGGUGCGAGUAUGGAAAGUUACCUGAAAACAUGCCAAAGAACAGAUGCGUGAACCAAAUACCAUAUGACGAGACGCGAGUUGUCCUCAACCGAAUCCUCGAGGAUCCUUACUCCGAUUACAUCAACGCCAGUCACAUUCAGGGAUACGGCAAGAGGGCCUACAUCGCGGCACAGGGACCGAUGCCGAAUACGGUCAACGAUUUCUGGAGAAUGAUUUGGCAAAACGAUGUGAGGGUGAUAUGCAUGCUGACGAACGUUGUGGAAGGCGAUGAGAGGAUGUGUGAGCAGUACUGGCCAGACGUGAGGACCAAGACAGAAUACGGCGAUGUCGUUGUUGCGAACGUAGAGCACCAGGUGUACGCGAAUUAUACUUUCAGAACCUUCCAUCUCAUCCACGAAAGGAAUACGCGGAAGGUGACGCACCUUCACUACACGGGAUGGCCGAGUCAGGGAGUGCCGAAAGACCCGCAACCCCUGGUCCAGUAUUUGAAAAAACUGAUGAAAACACCGCCCGGUAACGGACCAGUCCUGGUUCACUGCUCCACCGGAGACGGUCGCACUGGCGUUGUCAUGUUGUGCGACAUUUGCAUCCGCGAAGCGGCCGUUGUGAACAUGAUCGACGUAACCGGGGUCACUCAACGGAUGCGGAAGAGCCGCGCGAUGAUGGUGAGCACUCAGCAGCAAUACAACCUGGCUCACGUCGUUCUUGCGGAAAGUAUUUCGGAACCGUCGACGACCGUGGAAUGCAACGACGCCUUUUCGCAGAGUGUGGAGGAAAUGAAAAAAAGGUUGCCGGCCGACGUGAAACGGCUCGAUGACUCCGAAUGGCAGGAGCAGGCACUCUUCUUCGGCGAUGAAUCCGAACCUUCGACUUCCAACGAGUUGACGGCAGAAAAUCGAAAAGGGAACGAAAACGGCUUGUAUUUGGAGUUGAAAAAUCCGUGCAAUUACACAAACGCGGUCAGCGUCGACGGCCUCGGUAUGAAAAGGGAAUACCUGGCAUCCCCGUUACCUUCGCCCCUCACCCUCUCGGAAUUCUGGCGUUUCAUUAUCGAGGAUGGUGUGAAACUAGUUAUCGUAUUGCAGCCUGCAGAUCCCAAGAACUCCAUUCACUGCGACAUAAUACCCACUAAGAUGACAGCCGGAUUCGCUCCGGACAUACGAGUGGAAACGAAAACGCGGUUCGUCGACGAAUCUUACGUGAAACUCGAGCUCCUGGUAACUGACACGUUGGCGGAACAAUCGAGUCCUCGUGCCUUGACGAUACUCACUUGCGUCGGCUGGGAAAGCGAAAAAAAUGAAAAGCCACCGGCACCCGCCACGUUGCUCUCGAUUUGGCGAACGUCGGAAACUAUCAAGCGCGACAAAGGGCAGACCUUGGUUCUCUGCCGAGACGGCAUUACCGGCUGUGGCCUUUACCUGGCGAUGAGUUUCCUCCUCCAACGAAUGGCAGUCGAACGAGUAUGCGACGUUAUUUCCGCCGUUCGAACUGUUCGCAGGUCCAGACCUGAGUUUGUACGAUCCGACAAGGAAUUCCAGUACUUGUACGACGCAGCGUUAGCCUACACAAAAUAUUUCGAAUGCUACGCGAAUUUCACUUAAUUAAUAAUCCCUACAAAAUAGUUUCAAUUGUCACUCAAAUUCAAACAUCGACGAAUCGUUUUCCAAACGUCUUCCGCAUGUCGUCAACAAUAAUAUAAACCCAACGUCUUUAACUGUUCUCUCCACGAUGAACGUGACAAUUCGUCGCUCAAAUCCCAUGAAAAUGUCCCCUUUUAUUAUACAAUUAUAUAUUUCUAUUCAAUCAUCACACAAUCCUCAUUCGUUCCAAUAUCCUAGUCGAUGAAAUUAUUCCAAAAUUUUUUCCAAUCUUCAACUGUAAUAU